GCCGCUGGGUCGUGACUAGGUGGUGUUCGCCAGAAUGAUGACAGCCGGGUAUCCUGAGCAAGGAGGGGGUGGUGGGGGCCCGCCCUCGACUGGAGCCGCUGCCGUGGGUGGUGCUACAGCCCCCACGCCGCAACCUGUUGUUCCCCCCGCCCACGCCGCCGCCCACAACGCCCACGAACAGUGCCUCUCUGGCCAGCCUCUGCCGCCCGACCACCAUGGCUACCACGACCAGGCGCAGUUCGAGGCUGACAAGCGAGCCGUCUAUAAGCACCCCCUCUUCCCUCUGCUGGCGCUGCUCUUCGAGAAGUGCGAGCUGGCCACGCAGAGCGCCGACUCCGUGAGUAGCGAUUCCUUCAACUUGGACAUCCAGGCCUUCGUGCAGCACCAAGAGCGGGACCGCAAGCCUUUCCUCAUGAACGACCCCGAAGUAGACGGCCUGAUGAUCAAGGCGAUCCAGGUGUUACGCAUCCACCUGCUGGAGCUGGAGAAGGUGCAGGAGCUGUGCAAGGACUUCUGCAACCGGUACAUCACCUGUCUGAAGGGCAAGAUGCAGAGCGAGAACCUCUUGAGGACUGAGUACGGCUACGACUCCCCGGGCUCUCCUGACGGCGGGAGUCCCUACAACGGCCAUCACCAGCACCACCUGCCACACCAUCACCCACAGGUAGUUAGCGCCUCAAGACAGGUAUUAGCGGGAGAGUAUCCGGGCGGGCAGCAGCAGCAACAAGCUGCCUCGUGUCUCCAGGUGACACAACACCACAACCACCAUCACCAGCAGCAGCAGCAGGCAGAGUAUCAGCACCACCACCACCACCACCAGCUACACACCCAGCAGGAACAUGACCACCUGCCCACUCAAAGUAGAAGUUCCCCUGAGAUGAUCGCCACCACGAAGUCCACUGCCCUUCCUGGCCCUCCCGCCACCACCACAGCGCCCACCACCACCGCCCAUGUCUCACCCACCGCGCCCACCACUUCCCUCUCCACCACCGCGUCACCACCCCUCAUCCAGGGCAGCACUCCGCUCUCACAGAUCGGCGCCCAUCCCUGCCCUCCACCUCCAGAGACCAGCAUCGUCAACCUGCUGGCCCCCCUGACCCCCCCGUCGUGCGAGGAGGAGGAUGACGGCGGGAUACGGCGGCAGAAGCGCGGUGUCCUGCCGAAGCACGCCACGGCCAUCAUGAAGGCGUGGCUGUUCCAACACAUCGUCCACCCGUACCCGAGCGAGGACGAGAAGCGGCACAUCGCGGCGCAGACCAACCUGACGCUCCUGCAGGUCAACAACUGGUUCAUAAACGCUCGGCGCCGCAUCCUGCAGCCCAUGAUUGACGCCUCAACUCCUCCCGACCAGAAGACCAAGAAGUCCAAGGCCUACAACCCCAAGGCCUCUGCCACAAGAGGUGACAGCCAGUCCCCUGUCCGCGAUGGGCGAAGAGGAAGCAGAAGAAAUCGAGGAUGAGGAAGAAGAGGAGAGAAGGAGAGAACAGGAAGAAGGGGGAGAGGGAGAAUACGAGGAUAAUAAAGACUGUAUCAUUAAACACCCCGAAAACACAGAGCAUCACGAUAUUGACGUUGGCACCUUGUAGUCUACCUUCUUCAGAACCGAAAUUUAAAACUCUUCGCAUUCGGCCGCUAUAUUCGAUAUAUUCGUUUAAAGAAGUCGUGUCAGGUUUUAGAUGUACCAAAUUUCCAGAUGAUGACCCUCAAAUUACCCCUUAAGUAAUAAGAAUUGCUGACAGCCUAAUUUCUUUCUGAAUCCCCGUCGUUUAGUGUAUAUGAUGAUGACGUGAACAUGUGAUAAAAAGCUGAUGAUACAAGACACAGCUAGGACUGUUCAAUGUGCAUUAGUACUGUAUACGGUAGUUGUUUAAAACAUUCAGGAAGUUUUUGCAGGAUGGCCAUUUUUUAGGGUUGUUUAAAUCUUAACAGAUGAUCUAUGCCAAAGAAUCUUUGUACAAGAAUUAUACAUCUAUUGAACUCUUCCAGUCGGUUUUGCUGACAAGUUUUUCUUUCUUUCUUUUUGAUAGUACGAUAUAGAAAAUAAUAUUUCUAUUUUGCGUGAUAAACUCAAGACAAUGCAUGAGACAACAGUUUACAUGUACAAAGACACAUAGAAUAUUCUUAUAAGCAUAAUGAUUGUGAAUCAUAUAGAAUGUAAUGCCAAUUUAUUUCGUAAAUUUUAAUUUUCAGAUGCGCAUAUGAUGUUCAAACACUGAUUGGCAUAUUUUAACAUAUGAUUCUUGUUACCUAAAAAAAAUGAAAAAGAUAAAAUUGUUGAUUCGGAAAAUUAUUUUCAAAUAUUUACUAACUUGAGUUUUUCCCAAGAGUGAGAUUUUAUUUUUCGUCAAUUAUGGCCCUAUUAUGUUCACAACAAACACUCACGAUAACGAGAGCUUUAAUUAAGUAUACUAUAUAUACAGACAAUAUACUGGCAUUUCCUCGUAUUUUUAACAGAGCGUGAUGACAAGGUAUUUGAUUAAUCAUAAAGAACUGAUAGGGACAUAAUUCAUCUCAUUCAUAUACGUAACCAUCCACUAAAGUUAACGUGAAGACGAAGUAAAAGUUAAGAUUAUUAUCAGCUGGGGCCAAUUGUAGUCAGUUACUGUUAGAUUAAACGAAAUCAUCGCCUGUCGAUUAUUCGUGAGGAUCUUAACUUAGGCCAAUAUGUUUUGAUAAGGUAGCGACGAGACUGCAGUUACAUUUAGUGAUAUUAGAAACCGGUGAUAAAAAAAUCCUCCUUCUCCACGUCUCCCUUUCAAUCCCUUUUUCUCUUUCGUCUUCUCUCUCUCUCUCUUUCUUCCUCUCCUCCCAUGAUCUCGGAGUGCCAAAGACGCCCACAUGACCAUGCACAACCUUCUGCCUGUCAAGAUUCCUGUGCCUGACGAACAGCACCCAGUCUGGCCGGGGACCCCCUGAGACCCGCCUCCUCCAGAUCAAGAUUGGUAUUGUUGUAAUAAGGAAAAAAAAACAACGGUUAUUUUGUGACACAGUGAUUUUUAGAACAAGACUGCAAGACCGUGUGUGUGGAACUAGCUAACUGUGAUGAACCUUAAUGUAAACAAAGAAAGGGGAUAUGUGAACAAUCAAGUGAGAGCAGGAUGCUAAGAGUGUCGGAAGAAAAAUCAUGCUAUUAUUAUUACUAUUGAGCACUAGGGAACCAAAGAAUCCUCAUUCAUCUCAUACGAUUCAGAUAAUUAGUCUGAGAUACUUGUAAAGACGAUCUCCUUAUAUACAGGAAGAGAAUUUAUUUUCUGAAAUCAUCACAACCUCAUUUAUCGAUUCAGGUAUCUGUAACGAAGUAUACGAUGCUGUGCAACUAAUCUUAUAUAUUAGGUAUACGAAUACACACUUUAUGUAGGUUAUACGUAAUGUUAGGGCGUAGUGUGUAAUAUGAUUAUUAGUUACAGUAUCCUUCCAUUUCUGAUGCAUCCCUUUAAUGUAUAUUUUCCUUUGUAUUCACAAAUGAAAAUUCUUUGGUUCCAUGUGUUAUUAAUUUAUAACAAAAAAAAAUUGAAUACUGUAUCAAAGAGUAUACCCUUGUGGAAGCGUGGUAGUGAGCCCUAACCCAGUUUUAUAUGGUGGAAAAGACCAGACAUUCCCAUUUUCUGUGGUGACCCUUACUUGAAUCAUUUGUGACCCAGAAAAUUAUUAGUGGUGACCUGAUUGUUGAAAACUUGAACCUAGUAGUGACCUUGCCUGCCCUUAUAUAUGUACCUGGAGACCGUGCUUGAUGAACUGGUCAUAUGGUCCUAACCAGCCAUCAUAAACACUAACGAGCUUGUUGCGCGCCCGUGUUUAUAGCAACGUUUUGAAAGGAAAAUGUGUAAAAAAAAAGUCCAAAAAGAUAUUCAUGUUACUUCUUCUAAAAGCAUUUUAUUGGUGACGUAUCUGGCUAUUUGUGUGCUUUUGCGUGUUUGUUUAGAACUAUGUGGCGUACCGAGGGAAGAGUCGACCAGGGAGGGAAACGUAAGGCCGAUUAACCCAGAGCCUUCACUGUCCUUCCAUCAUGACUUUGUCUCUUAGACUACGGCACAUAAGAUAACAUGAAAGGUGCAUACUUUUAAGCACAAUAUGAUAUGCAUAAUUCUGUGAUAAUUUUUCAUGUGAUCUUUUCUCUUUUUCUAUUUAAUUGCAACGAACAAACGAAAGCAAUAAUAUGCAAACGGGACUGCAAAGUCAAAAAAAUCAAACAAUAGCUGCGCCAAGCGUACUUAGUUUAAUAUGGAUUCUUUUGAGAGUUAAUGAGGCAAAUGGAGGGAUAUUUUGCUAACAUAUAAAAAAAUGAAAGGAUAUAUUUGGCUCCAAGAUGACUUACAAAAUGUUGCUAGAUACAUACGACAAAAAAAACUUUCAACAUCCAUCAACAUUUCUAUCCCAUUUAUUAACAAAUCCAACCUAACAUUUCUUAUUUUGGUGCAAAUGAAGAAACACGUUCUUAUUAAGCUUUAAAAAAAUCGAUAAAAAAAAGUGAUCACACGUACGUCCCUGUCCAAGAAGCAAUUAAUGUGUUCUCUGAUACGGAUUUCUCCUCCACUUACCUCGGACCCAAGUUUCAGCACAACGAUGCCAACAAGGACGCUGGUUGAACUUCCCAUAAGCAAUUGAUCAUUUUCCAAGAUUCGCAAAAAGGACUGUCCUUCUCCUGUUCGAGGGAUGUGCAGUGCCCGCUUCUUUGGGAAUCCCAGAAAUUAGAUUAUUGCUAUAUCCUCUAUUUUCCUGAGGCCAGUUCACUUGUUACAUUCCAUAUUACUUGCAGUUGUCCUUCUUACCCUCUUGAGUAUUAAGUAAAGUAUCCUGGUUAAA